AUGCCAGAAGUGAUCCAGCAGUCUUCCAGCUGGCUGCCCUUGCUGGCCAGGGAGUGCCACCCAGACGCUAGGAUUUUCCUCUGCUCCCUCUUUGCACCAAUCUGCUUGGACAGGCUCAUCUACCCCUGCCGCAGCCUGUGCGAAGCUGUCAAGAGAAGCUGUGCACCCGUCAUGGCUUGUUACGGCUACCCUUGGCCCGAAAUCCUGAACUGCAACAAGUUUCCCGCAGAUCAUGAACUGUGCAUCGCGGCAGUCUCCACGGAUGAAAAUUCCUCGAGCAGGAGAACAGUGCCCCGAGCCAGCUGCAAGGACUGCGAGCUUGAGGAGGCCAGCACUGCCAGGGAGAUCCUGGAAAACCUCUGUGCCAAUGAUUUCGCAGUGAAAAUCCGAAUCCUGAGGAAGAACAUCACCACCACCAUCUCGGACUUUGACCUGGACCCCUCCAGGGUGGAGGUCCUGAAGCAUGGCCCGCUCCUCAGAAGCGAAAUCCCCAGCAGGCUCCAGCAGUGGCUGGAUAUAGAUGCUACCUGCGUCCACAACAUCAUGAGAGGCACUCACUCAGGGGUCUUCAUUGUAAGUGGCGAAGUACAGAGCGACAAAGUGGUGGUGAACAAGGCCUACGCCUGGCAGAAGAAGAACAGGAACCUGCACCAGGCAGUGAGGAGGUGGAAACAUCACCGCUGCCCUGAACAGGCUGUCCAAAAGGUCUGA